CUUGAGGCAGGACUGGGUUUGCUCUUCUGCGACACGCGAACCAUGAGUGUGAAGGAGCAGGCAGCUACCACGUUCACCAUCACCACUCCUCAAGUCACAUACAAGUUCUCGACGGACUCGGAGUCUGAGCGCGCCACGUGGCUCGCCAGGCUUCGGGAGGCUCAGGAAGAGGCCCUCGGAGACCCCGAGGUCCUGGGCCGGCUGGUGGCGGCCGCCGGGAACGAUUCUUGCGCCGAUUGUGGAGCGGCGGGUCCAGCGUGGGCAUCGCUCAACCUGGCGGUGAUCGUGUGCACGCAGUGCGCUGGCGCCCACAGGUCGCUGGGUCAAAACGCGUCUCGCAUUCGCAGCCUCACCAUCGACCAGACGGCGUGGACAGAGGAUGUCGUGCAGAUGCUCCUCUCACUGGGCAACGAGCGCUCAAACUCCUUCUGGGCCGCCCUCGUCCCUCCCAGCGAGGCCCUGGGUCACGGGGGUCACGGCGGGGGUCACGGCGGGGGUCACGGCGAGGGUCACGGCGAGGGUCGCGUCGCCCCGCCCACCGCGAGCGAGCGCGCCGACUUUGUCCGCGCCAAGUACGCGGAGGGCAGGUACCGCAAGAUCCACCGGCUCUACGGCUCCAGCCAGGAGCUGCACGAGAACCCGUCUGACUUGUACGACGACUCUUAUGGAAUUCACCGCCGCUUCUCGCCCACAAAGGCAAAGGCAAAGCUGCCCGGGUAG